AUGGAAAAGGUAGAAGGAUCUAUACUAGAUAUAGCAUUAACAGGAGAAAGUUUUGGGAGAUCUAAGAAAGGGGAAGCUCCUGCUUUCUUUUCUAGUGAACUUCAAAGGGAUUGUUUGGAUGGGAUUGCUUUGAAAUCCAGAGGCUCCCAGACCACAUCUUUAAUCGGCGAUAGAGCUUAUGUGAUUGGUGGAAGUCACAAUGGAUCCUCAUCUGGAAUUGAAGUCCAAAUUUACAACAAAUCAACAGGACAAUGGGUUACCACUACUGUACUGGGAACAGAACCGAAGCACUGUGAAGGACAUUCAGCCAUUGUGUUGAAUGGAGAUCGAAUAUUGAUUAUUAAGCAGGGAUCUCCCAUUGACGAUUGUUUCUGGUUUCUUGAGGUGGACACUAAAUUUGUUAGACAGCAGAGGAAAAUGUAUGAAGGUGAAGUUGUUGUCUGGAGCAAGGGAGUAAGAGGCGAUUAUGAGAAGCCGGUUGUUAUAAGUGGUCCUUCUGGAGUUGGGAAGGGAACUUUAAUAUCAAAACUCAUGAAGGAGUUCCCUUCAAUGUUUGGAUUCUCAGUGAGUCACACGACACGAUCUCCAAGGAAUAAGGAGGAGAACGGGGUUCAUUACCAUUUCACUGACCAUAGUGUUAUGGAAAAGGAUAUAGAAGAUGGGAAGUUCCUGGAGUUUGCUGCGGUUCAUGGAAAUCUUUAUGGUACCAGUAUUGAAGCGGUUGAGUUAGUUGCAGAUGUCGGAAAGAGGUGCAUCCUUGAUAUUGAUGUCCAAGGGGCUAGGUCCGUGAGGUCUAGUUCUCUGGAAGCUGUUUUUAUUUUUAUAUGCCCCCCAUCUUUUGAGGAACUUGAAAAGCGCCUCCGUGACAGAGGUACUGAAACAGAGGAGCAAAUCCAAAAGAGACUGAGGAAUGCCAAGAGAGAGCUUGAGCAGGGACAGUCCUCGGGCCUGUUUGACCAUAUCCUUAAAAAUGAUGACCUCGAAAAUUGCUAUGCAAAUCUGAAGAAAAUCAUUGGUGUCCACAACUAUGUCACCCUUCCCCCAAAACAAGUGCUGGAAUUUGAAGAUAUGCCUGAAGAGUUUGCAGUGUCUAAAAUCGAUAAUAAGAUCCUCAUCAAUUUUGGUGGCAUAGAUUCAAAGCAGCAACAGCAGAUGUUUGAAUUUGAUCUAUCUUCGAUAAACGGAGGGGCACCUGGGCGAACAAGAGGACUGAACAUCUAUCAAUGCCUGUGAUAGAUCGAUCCGUUUAAACAGGCUGGUCUCAUGGAUGAUUUUACUUCUACACUGUCAUCUUUUUUUACCAUCUAUCUAAGUUUUGCUAAUUAAUCAGUUGUUAGUAACUUAUGGACAUGAUUCCAUUUCACCAUUCUUUGUUCCUGAGAGAUUAUUACAAGCAGCUGCAGCAGCAGCAGAUUGAACACUUUGUAUCACUAUUAUCAUUUUACUUUGAAUAGAAAUACCGAUUAUUUUAGCUCA